UAACGGACUUUCAGCGAUCGCGGACGGUAAAACGGAAUAAUAGUUAAACAUAAAAAAGAAGGCGCGAGAAGAAAGAGAUCUUAAAGAAGAAAAGAGUUGAAAGUGUGUGUGAGUGUGUUUGAAAAAAAGUGGUUGGUAACUAAAAGAAAACGAUAUUUAGUUAGAGAGAAAAAUAAUGUGAUAUUUAAACGAACAAAAUACGAAAUUAUUAAAUAAAUAAAUUUUAAAAAUAAAUUAAAUGAAAAUAAUCAAACACAUGUCAAAAUAGUGAUAAUAAAUAAUUAUUAUAAUUUUAAGUUUAAUUUACGAAUGUGUUACAACAAAUAUCUACAACAAAAAAAGUGUUUCAAGUGUUUUUAUGAUUUUUUCUACAAAAGCAAUAAAUUUUUAUAAUUUAUGCAAAUGUUACUAAUACCACAGAAAUCCAGACCCCAAGAGGGUCUGUUGCUGCUCUCCCCUAAGUUGUGGAUUAGUUUAGUUGUAAUUUUAUUAGUCUGUUUGGAUGUCAAUUGUUAUGAAAAAAUUUAUAGUCAAAUUGAAAAACAAAGAUACGAUGGCUGGUAUAAUAAUUUAGCGCAUCCCGAUUGGGGUUCUGUAGAUAGUCAUUUGGUGCGCAAAGCACCGCCUUCAUAUUCAGAUGGCGUUUACGCUAUGGCCGGUUCAAAUCGACCCUCGACCAGACGAUUGAGUCGUUUGUUUAUGGGUGGUCGUGAUGGUCUCGGCUCAAAAUUCAAUCGUACUGCCCUAUUGGCCUUUUUCGGUCAAGUUGUAGCCAAUGAGAUUGUUAUGGCCUCCGAAUCGGGUUGCCCCAUAGAAAUGCAUCGCAUUGAAAUCGAUAAAUGCGAUGAAAUGUAUGAUAAAGAAUGUCGUGGCGAUAAAUAUAUUCCGUUUCAUCGUGCGGCCUACGAUCGCAGCACGGGCCAGAGUCCCAAUGCUCCCAGGGAACAAAUUAAUCAAAUGACUGCCUGGAUAGAUGGUAGUUUUAUAUAUAGUACAUCGGAGGCCUGGUUAAAUGCCAUGCGUUCGUUUCACAAUGGCACUUUGCUAACGGAUAAAAGUGGCAAAAUGCCGGUUAAGAAUACUAUGAGAGUACCGCUAUUCAAUAAUCCAGUGCCGAAUGUUAUGAAGAUGUUAAGUCCUGAAAGAUUGUUUUUAUUAGGAGAUCCCAGAACUAAUCAAAAUCCGGCCAUGCUCUCCUUUGCUAUACUCUUUUUACGCUGGCACAAUACCCUGGCUCAGCGUAUUAAGCGCGCCCAUGCCGAUUGGACCGAUGAGGAUAUUUUCCAACGUGCCCGUCGUAUGGUCAUAGCCACUUUGCAGAAUGUUAUUAUGUAUGAAUAUCUGCCGGCAUUUUUGGGUUCUGAAAUUCCUCCCUAUGAGGGUUAUAAUCGUGAUAUACAUCCUGGCAUAGGUCAUAUAUUUCAAGCUGCUGCCUUCCGUUUUGGUCAUACCAUGAUACCGCCGGGUAUUUAUAGACGUGAUGCUAGUUGUAAUUACAAGAAAACACCCAUGGGUUAUCCGGCCAUACGUUUGUGUUCGACUUGGUGGGAUUCGAGUGACUUUCUUACCGAUACCACUAUCGAAGAAAUUCUAAUGGGCCUUUCUUCACAAAUAUCCGAACGUGAAGAUCCUGUGCUUUGUUCUGAUGUACGUGAUAAACUGUUUGGACCCAUGGAAUUUACACGACGCGAUUUGGGAGCCUUAAAUAUUAUGCGUGGUCGUGAUAAUGGUCUACCCGAUUACAAUAGCGCUCGAGAGGCUUUCGGUCUGAAAAGACGCAACAAUUGGACGGAUAUAAAUCCUGACCUCUUUGCUAAACAACCCGAUCUUUUGAAUAUGUUGAUCUCAGCCUAUGAUAACCAAUUGGAUGAUGUGGAUGUAUAUGUGGGUGGCAUGUUGGAAUCCUAUGGCCAACCUGGCGAAUUAUUUAGUGCCGUUAUUAAGGAACAAUUUCAACGUUUAAGAGAUGCCGAUCGUUUUUGGUUUGAAAACGAUCGUAAUGGUAUAUUUACGAAAGAGGAAAUUGAAGAGAUACGUAAAAUAAGAAUGUACGAUAUUAUUGUUAAUAGUACCGAUAUAAAUGAGAAUGAUAUACAGGAAGAUGUGUUCAUGUGGCAUGAGGGUGAUCCUUGUCCUCAACCUAUGCAAUUAAAUGCUACCGAAUUGGAACCUUGCACUUAUCUAGAGGGCUAUGAUUACUUUUCCGGUUCGGAGUUAAUGUUUAUCUAUGUUUGUGUCUUCUUGGGCUUCGUGCCCAUUCUAUGUGCUGGAGCCGGUUAUUGUGUGGUCAAACUACAAAAUAGCAAGAGAAGGAAAUUGAAAAUACGCCAAGAAGCCUUGAGAGCACCUCAACACAAAGGUUCGGUGGAUAAAAUGUUGGCCCGAGAAUGGUUGCAUGCCAAUCACAAACGUUUGGUUACGGUAAAAUUUGGACCAGAGGCUGCCAUCUAUACUGUAGAUCGUAAGGGUGAAAAGUUACGCACUUUCAGUUUGAAAACUGUAGAUGUGGUAACUGUUGAAGAGUCGGCCCAUAAUCACAUUAAAAAGAAGCCUUAUAUUCUCCUGAGAGUACCUAAUGAUCAUGAUUUGGUCUUGGAGCUAGAAUCUUAUGGGGCACGCCGAAAGUUCGUUAAAAAACUAGAAGACUUUUUAAUUUUACAUAAAAAAGAAAUGACUUUGGUAGAAGUAAAUCGUGAUAUGAUGUUGGCCGGAGCUGAAACUCGUGAAAGAAGACAGAAACGUUUGGAGUAUUUCUUCCGUGAGGCAUAUGCCUUAACAUUUGGCCUAAGACCGGGAGAAAGACGCCGCAGAUCUGAUGCUUCUACCGAUGGCGAAGUAAUGACGGUCAUGCGCACUUCCCUUUCCAAAGCUGAAUUUGCUGCUGCCCUGGGCAUGAAACCCAACGACAUGUUCGUACGCAAAAUGUUUAAUAUCGUAGAUAAAGAUCAAGAUGGUCGCAUUAGUUUCCAAGAGUUUUUGGAAACAGUUGUUCUCUUCUCACGCGGCAAAACCGAUGACAAACUUCGUAUCAUUUUCGAUAUGUGCGACAAUGAUCGUAAUGGUGUCAUUGACAAGGGUGAACUAAGUGAAAUGAUGCGUUCUUUAGUGGAAAUUGCUCGUACCACUAGUUUGGGUGAUGAUCAGGUAACCGAAUUAAUUGAUGGCAUGUUCCAAGAUGUAGGUUUGGAACACAAGAAUCAUCUCACCUAUCAAGAUUUCAAACUCAUGAUGAAAGAAUAUAAGGGAGAUUUUGUAGCCAUUGGUUUAGAUUGUAAAGGAGCUAAACAGAAUUUCCUGGAUACUUCAACAAAUGUGGCACGUAUGACUUCAUUUAAUAUUGAGCCCAUGCAAGAGAGACCCCGCCACUGGAUGCAAGAGAAAUGGGAUAGUUAUAUAACAUUUUUGGAAGAGAAUCGUCAGAAUAUAUUCUAUCUGUUCUUAUUUUAUGUCAUAACGAUUGUUUUGUUUGUGGAACGUUUUAUACAUUACUCCUUUAUGGCUGAACAUACGGACUUGAGACAUAUUAUGGGUGUGGGUAUUGCCAUCACUCGUGGAUCUGCGGCUUCAUUGUCAUUCUGCUACUCACUGCUAUUACUAACUAUGUCGAGAAAUCUUAUAACAAAACUUAAAGAAUUUCCCAUACAACAAUAUAUUCCCUUGGAUUCUCAUAUACAAUUUCAUAAAAUUGCUGCCUGUACUGCCCUAUUCUUUUCGGUGCUGCAUACAGUGGGUCAUAUAGUGAAUUUCUAUCAUGUCUCCACACAAUCACAUGAAAAUCUUCGAUGUUUGACAAGAGAAGUGCACUUUGCCUCGGAUUAUAAGCCGGAUAUAACAUUCUGGUUAUUCCAAACGGUAACAGGUACCACUGGUGUUCUACUGUUUAUCAUAAUGUGCAUUAUAUUUGUAUUUGCCCAUCCUACUAUACGUAAAAAGGCCUAUAAAUUCUUCUGGAAUAUGCAUACUCUUUAUAUAGGCCUUUAUAUAUUAAGUCUUAUACACGGUCUGGCACGCCUAACAGGACCUCCACGUUUUUGGAUGUUCUUUUUGGGUCCUGGCAUUAUUUAUACUUUGGAUAAAAUCGUUUCUUUGCGUACGAAAUAUAUGGCUUUGGAUGUCAUUGAAACCGAUCUACUGCCUUCAGAUGUUAUUAAAAUUAAGUUCUAUCGUCCACCCAAUCUAAAAUACCUAUCGGGCCAAUGGGUGCGUUUAUCCUGCACUGCCUUUAGACCUCAUGAAAUGCAUAGUUUUACUUUGACCUCGGCUCCUCAUGAAAACUUCCUUAGCUGCCACAUUAAAGCUCAGGGUCCCUGGACUUGGAAAUUGCGUAACUAUUUUGAUCCUUGCAACUAUAAUCCCGAAGAUCAGCCUAAAAUCCGUAUAGAGGGCCCCUUUGGCGGUGGCAAUCAAGAUUGGUAUAAAUUUGAAGUGGCUGUUAUGGUGGGUGGUGGCAUUGGUGUCACUCCUUAUGCUUCGAUUUUAAAUGAUUUAGUAUUUGGCACUAGUACUAAUCGUUAUUCGGGAGUUGCUUGCAAGAAAGUGUACUUCUUGUGGAUUUGUCCAUCUCACAAACAUUUCGAAUGGUUUAUAGAUGUUUUGCGUGAUGUUGAGAAGAAGGAUGUGACGAAUGUAUUGGAGAUUCAUAUAUUUAUAACACAAUUUUUCCACAAAUUUGAUUUGAGAACAACAAUGUUGUAUAUAUGUGAAAAUCACUUCCAACGUCUAUCGAAAACUUCGAUAUUUACUGGUCUCAAAGCUGUUAAUCAUUUUGGAAGACCAGAUAUGUCCAGUUUCUUGAAAUUUGUGCAAAAGAAACAUUCUUAUGUCUCAAAAAUUGGCGUAUUUUCUUGUGGUCCCCGACCCUUAACAAAGAGUGUUAUGUCUGCCUGUGAUGAGGUCAACAAGACUAGAAAACUACCAUACUUUAUACAUCACUUUGAGAAUUUCGGUUAAAUAUUAAAAAUGUCACACUCUCACACAAAAUAAUUCUAAAAUUAAAUAAAAAUUCAUUACAAACAAAUCUCUAGAAAAUACCCACUGUUUAAACAAACAGGCAUUUAAACAAAUUACAUAUUAACAAUAAAUAAAUUAUAUUAAAAAACAAGUCUUUAAGUACUUAAAAAUGCGUGUUAUAAAAACAAUAAAUUUAAUUGUAUGUAUAUUAAAACUUGUGAAAUGUGAAUGUAUCUAAUAUUUAAAUGAAAUACGAAAAGAAAUAAAAUUUUUUUAGUCAAA